AUGAACCUUCAGCACCCGCACCACCAACAACAGCCACAUCACCUCAGCUACCGUCACCACUCAUCCUCACGCUCCACAGCCUCCUCUGACGCAAACCGCAUCCGACGACAAGGCGACGCAACACGGUACUCUGACAGCGAAAUCAUGGACGAACCUCCCUCCAAGCGGUACAAUCAACAGUAUCACCCACAACAUCGAUACAGCGACGAGCCACCUUCACGUACCUCCCCACACCUCUCAAUGGCACGCAUGUCCAUGGAAGACCGCCAUCCUUCUUCAAGAGCCCAUUCGCCGACACUUUCAACCAACAGUGCCCCUGAAUCUUCUCUCCUCCCGUCUCUCUCCUUCACCUCGACGUCGUCUGUAUCUGCAGCAGCAGCAGCAGAGUCCGCCGCCUCAGGGGCAACCGCAGUUACAACGACGACGACGGCUCUUUCCUUCUCCAAGGAGAACUCUGUCCUGUCCUUUACAAAGGGAUCGACAACGGCCGAGGCCCGACAACAACGUCUUCCUUCCCAAGCUCCUUCUCAGACUCCCGCUGCAGCUGCAGCUCCUGCUUCUGCGCCUCCUGCACGAGAGCCACGGGAUUCGAUCCAGCUUCCAUUCCGUGAUUGCACACAGUCGUAUACUGCGACAACGACGACAACGCCUGCGCAGACACAUCAACAGCACCAAUCACAAGCGCAUGGCCUCAUCCGGUCACCCUCUGAUUACACGCAUGACAGGAAGCGCGUGAAGCAAGGGAUGCGGUACUCCUGCCUUGUACCCGGAUGUCGUCUUCAGUUCCAGAAUAAGAACCAGUUGGACAGUCAUGUCUGGGUCUGUCGAGAAGUCAACAAGAACAAGAUUGCUACCGGCGAGAUUCCGGAUGUUGUCAUGACCGUGACCGGUUCUGUCAAGACCAAGAAGGAGGAAGAGGACGACGUGAUGAUAUUCCACAACGACAGCAUUAACCGCGCUCGGAGUAGUAACAAAGGCAAGUCUACUGGUAGACUUGGGGGCGUCAGUUCUGAUGAAGGUGAAUCUGGGGCCGGUUCGGGUGAGACAAGGGUAUACCCGUGCUCGGAACCAGAUUGCAAGUCCAUCUACACGUCACUCGAGAGUCUGGCCCGUCAUCGGUAUCGACACACCAGCUUCACGACUGGAAGCAAGCUCCCCUGCACCUGGCCCGGAUGCGACAAGAUCCUGGCGACGACCAAAAGUCUGAAGGAUCAUCUUCAGAUCCAUGCAGAACGCGAUGCUGGUAUCCAGUUGGAGUGUCCUGUCCCCGGGUGUGGCAAGAUCUUUGGAACACACCGCUGUUUGCGCGCACACGAGCUGCGGUGCAAGCAAGUCAAGUCUGGCGAGCGGUUGCCCUGCCCGAUCGAGGGCUGCAAGGCAACCUUUGGUAGUACAGACUAUGUCCGUCGCCACGUGCUUGACCACGAAAAGGGUCUGAUUGGAGUCGAGUUCCGUUGCGACUACCCCGAUUGUAAGUCCAUCUUGGCCAACCCAUUGACGUUGCAGCGACACAAGCAGCUCCACGAGGAGCAGGCUCUGGGAUUUGAGUGGAAGUGUCUGGUGGACGGGUGCGGGAAGGUGUAUUCAGGCAGCAAGCAGUUGACGGAUCAUCAGUCGAGGAUCCAUAAGGACCUUAGCCCUCUCUACCAGUUUGCGUGUCCUUACAACCAGUGCCGCGAGAUGUUUGAUUGUCAGCGCUCGGCGUACAAGCAUGGGUGUCUCAACGAACGGUUGCAAUCCCAACCUCCCUCCUCGUCCUCCUUUGAUGCUCCAGCCGCUACUACUGCUUCUGCUAAUGUUCCCUCAGCCCCAUCUGUUUCAUCACCACCACCAUCGUCGCUGUCCCCCGUCAAAGUCCAGUCAUCCCGCCCCAAGGUACAGUUCUUGCACUGUUUGCGCAGACAUGAUGACAAAAGACUAGGAGAUAAUGUUUACUAA